UGCUGUGAAUGUUGUGGUGGAACUGAAAUACAUUAAAAUUUUACAAUAAAGAUUAUAAAUACAUGUAUGAAAUCCUUUCUGGAUCUAGAAGGACACCCCAUUAAUAGAUACACAUUUUCUUAGAAUUUUCCAUCUGUACAUAUAAAAUGCCCUUUUAUAAGAUAAAUCCAAAUAAAAACAAUGAUUUUAUUAAUGUGAGGAUAUAGGGUUCUCGGUGUGAAGUGCACAUCAUCUGUGAUUGGUGUUCGACAAUAAAUUUUGGGUUUGUGGCUGGGCUUACGGUGACGGUGAGAAAGGGGUAGUGUUAUCUAUAUGUUUUGAACUAUGUAUUAUUUAUUUCAAAUGUGCGAAAGUAAACUUGAUUAUAUGAAAAUUCGCCAUUUUGAUAGUUUAAAGUGUAAAUAACAUUAAGUGCAAAGACAAGAGAAACUUUUAUUGUUUUUCUUCGGGAAUGAUAAAGAUGGAGAAAAGAAACUGAGACGAACCACCGUUAAGGGUAAGCGACAUGUGGAUAUUCCAUUAUGGAUAAUAUACAUAGUUUAGACCCAAGGAAACAGGAACUUCUUGAAGCCAGAUUUCUUGGAAAUAGAAGUUUUAGUAACAAUGUACAAGAGCAAAUGCUUCAACAAGUCAGUCAGAAUGCUAGUCUACUGCAGAGUUCUAGUGGGCUAAAUCUUGCCAUUGGUGCUAGUAAUAGUAACAGCAAUAAUAAUCAAGACUCUAAUUUAAGUGCAGCCAGUGGUGGUUCUGUAAAUAGUGACAAAGAAACAGAGUCUCCUGACAAAUAUCCCCAACAUAGAGCACAAACAGGUGAAAGGAAAAGAAAAAGAAAAGAAGAUGCUCAAACUGUUUCAGACAUGGUUUAUUCAGGAAAAAAUACCAGGCCUGAAUCAGCAAAGAAAAUAAAUGAAUAUUUCAAAUACCCUCCAUCUCCUCAAGCAUCAUCUCUACAGUCUCCUCUAGCAGUGAUGGGCACAAAUAUGGACUAUACUCAAUUAGCUUAUCAAACCCCUAUGCGAGGUUCUCAAAUGUUUCACAGAGCAGUACAAACAGACCUUACAAUCAAUAAAAUAAAAGAACUAGAAAGCAAAUCUGCAAUGGAUCUGGAAAUUAGGGAUAACAGAAUUGAUGAACUUCAAAGAACUGCAGAUGAAUAUAAAAGGCAAGUCAGUGCUCACCAAAAAGUGAUUGAUAAGCAAAAAGAACAGUUAGCAAAAUGUUUGGGUGUUACUAAGCAACUUUUAAUUGAAAAGCAUUCUUGUGUUUUUGAAGUUGAUUGCAUUCAAAAGAGUACAAUGGAGAAAAAAGCUGCUAGGCAGAAAUGUAUGCAGAACAGGCUGCGCUUAGGCCAAUUUAUUACACAACGUCAAGGAGCUUCGUUUGUUGAAAAUUGGGUUGAUGGUUAUGCCUUCACUGAACUCAUCAAAAAACAAGAGCAGAUUGCUACUGAAAGGGAAGAAAUUGAAAGGCAAAGAAAACUACUUGGCAAAAGAAAACCUAGUACUGCGCAGCCAAAAGGACGGGCUAAUAAUGGUACAGCAGGGGCUGUAGCAAAUGGAGAUUUCGCUAAACCUGAUCCACCAAAAGAUAUGCUUCAAAAGUUAACAUGGAUAGAAUAUUAUGAACAUGAAGAAAUCCUAAAACUUCGGCAAGCUUCGUUAAAAAAAGAAGAUACAGACUUACAAGUGGAAUUAGAGAAAUUGGAAAGAGAAAGAAAUCUGCAUAUUAGGGAAUUGAAACGUAUACAUAAUGAAGAUCAAUCUAGGUUUAACAAUCAUGCUGUUCUACAUGAUAGAUAUCUUUUGCUAAUAUUACUAGGCAAAGGAGGUUUUAGUGAAGUUCAUAAAGCAUUUGAUUUAAUAGAUCAAAGGUAUGUUGCGUGUAAAAUUCAUCAAUUAAAUAAAGAUUGGAAAGAUGACAAAAAAGCAAAUUAUAUUAAGCAUGCUCUUAGGGAAUACAAUAUUCAUAAGUCACUUGAUCAUCCAAGAGUUGUUAAGUUAUAUGAUGUUUUUGAAAUUGAUCCUAAUUCAUUUUGUACAGUAUUAGAGUAUUGUGAUGGACAUGACCUAGAUUUUUAUCUUAAGCAACACAAAAGUAUUCCAGAGAGAGAAGCAAGAUGUAUUAUAAUGCAAGUUGUUCAUGCCCUUAAAUAUUUAAAUGAAAUAAAACCUCCAGUCAUACAUUACGAUUUAAAACCAGGCAAUAUUUUACUCGGAAGUGGAACAUUGAGCAAUGAAAUUAAAAUCACAGAUUUUGGACUCAGUAAAAUUAUGGAUGAUGAAAGUUAUAGUCCUGAAAUAGGGAUGGAUCUUACUUCACAAGGAGCAGGGACAUAUUGGUAUUUACCUCCUGAAUGCUUCGUUGUUGGGAAAAAUCCUCCAAAAAUAUCAUCAAAAGUUGAUGUUUGGAGCGUUGGAGUCAUAUUUUAUCAGUGUCUGUAUGGGAAAAAGCCAUUUGGACAUAAUCAAUCUCAAGCUACUAUAUUAGAAGAAAAUACAAUAUUGAAAGCAAAGGAAGUUGAAUUUCCCCCAAAACCUGUUGUUAGCAAUGAAGCAAAACAAUUCAUUCGGAGAUGUCUGCAAUACAGGAAAGAAGAUAGGAUUGAUGUGUUUAGUUUGUCAAGUGAGGAUUACUUAAAACCUAAUUAUCCAAAACACAGUCGGCAAUCAAAUGCAGAAAAAUCAUAGCACUCCCUUACCUGAGUCUUGCUUCUUUAAGAACUCAAUUAUUAAGUUUAUGUAAGCAUUUUUCAAGUGUAUAUUCUAUGAACUACUUUUUUUAGACUUUGCAAAGGCAUCUCUGGAACAAAGUGCAAAUGCAAUUGCCUGGUGCAAAUAUAGUUGUGUACAGUAAUAUAAAUAUGUUUAUAAAUACAAUCCAGUGUUCCUAGAUUUUUUUUCACUACUGGACUGCACUGGCCUGGGAACUUUGCAACUUGUAAUAUUUAUAUCAAAUUUUCGUUGUAGUUAAGGCAAGUGCUUCUUGUAUAUUUUAUAGUUGGAUCUACUCUAAUCAGUUGAUGAAGGCAAAGUGAGAAAUUAUGUAGGCAAGUUGUGAAUACAGCUGUGUGUAAAAUAUUAGGAAAUCAUUUUAAUGAAAAAUCAAAAUUCCUCAGGUUGAGGAAUGGACUUAUUAAGAUUGCCAUAUGAAAUUGAUUAUGUACAUUUCUUGUUUUUAAAAGCCAAAUGAAUGUUAAAACAAACCUCAACUGUGUACAUAUUUUAAUGAUGACUUCUCAUUUGUGGGCAAGCAAUGCGACAUAUCUCCUUGUAAAAAGUCCGAACUGGAAAUGAAAAAGACAAAUUUCUGUUAUUAAAAGAAAGUAGAUUUUUGUGUUUUCUGU